UAACACCACACACAAAAUAAACGCAAAAAAACACAGGGAACCUUCGUUGCACGACUUCUUCGUCCCCGCGAUGUGCGAUCUCGCCCUUUUCCUCCCCACCAAACUUGUUCCUAUUAAAUCCAACACUCGCAUCUCCGCCGCAACGAGCCGCAGAAGCUCCCUAUUCAUCAGCCUCGAUCCUAUUCCAUCCGCUAUUCGUUUGAUCUCCCCGCCUCCAAUUCGUUUCGGCAUCCUGUUUGAUCGGAUGCGGUUAAGGGGAUGUGAAGGCUGCAGAGGGGGAGACUAGCUAAUGGGGGUUGACGAGGGGGAAGGAGAGGGGGCGAUUGAGAUGCCGAUGCAGUUGCGGGAGUUGUCUGCAAAUGGCCGAUCGGUGAAUGCGUCGGAGAUUGAAGCUAAGCUUGAUGAGGGCGAAAUCGAGGAUGCCGAAUGCUUGAUCCGCGAUGGUCUUGCCCUCAAUUUUGAGGAGGCGAGGGCCCUUCUUGCUCGGCUUGAAUACCAGAGAGGCAACAUAGAAGUCACACUUCAAGUACUCCAUGGAGUAGACCUUCAAGCUGCAAUUGAGCGCCUGCAACCUUCUUCUUCGGAAAAGGUUUCCUCAAGGAGAGCUCGUUCUCGUGCUGAAUCAUUACAAAUGAAUUCACAACCUGGUGCUAGCCUUAUUCUCGAAGCAAUGUACUUGAAGGCUGCCUCUCUGCAGAAGAUUGGCAAACCUAAUGAUGCGGCUCAGGAAUGUAGUUAUUUGCUUGAUUCUGUGGAGAAGAUGUUUCAGAAUGGCACCCCAGAACUUCUGAUUGACAUUAAAUUGCAGGAAACCAUUAGCAAGGCUGUAGAGCUCCUUCCAGAACUAUUGAAACAAGCUGGGAAGAUUAAAAAAUCUCUGAUUUCCUACCGACGCGCUCUUCAUAAUCAAUGGAAUUUGGAUGAUGAGAGCUGCGCGAGGAUACAGAAAAGAUUUGUAUUGCUCUUGUUAUAUGGUGGUGUAGAAGCCAAUCCUCCAAGCUUGGUUACACAAAAUGAUGGUAUGUUCAUCCCGGAGAACAAUAUUGAAGAGGCUAUUUUACUUUUAUUGAUUCUACUAAAAAAAUGGCUCCUUGGCAAGAUCCCAAAGGACCCAUCUCUAAUGGAACACCUUACUUAUGCGCUUUGUAUAUGUGGUCAGACUUCCUUGCUAGCAAAACAGUUUGAAGAACAUAAACCUGGAAUGUAUCAUCGCUGUCAUAGAUGGAAUACUUUGGCUCUCUGCUAUAGUGUAGCAGGACAGGACAUGACCGCCUUAAACUUGUUGAGGAAGUCUAUAAGCAAGCAUGAAAAACCAAAUUACAUUGCAGCAUUACUAUUGGCUGCUAAAAUUUGCAGCAAAGAUUAUGUUCUUGCUUCUGAGGGUGUAGAAUUUGCUGGGAGGGCCUUAGAAAUUGCACGGGAAACUGAUGUGCAUCUAAUGAGUGUUGCUCUCAAUAUUCGAGGCAUUUGUUUGAGUAAACAAGCAAAAGGUGCUUCCUCAGAUUUGGAAAGAUCUCAUUUCAAAGCUGAAGCUUUGAAGUCGUUAGAAGCGGCAGUUUUUCAUGACCGAUGUAAUCCUGAUCUUAUAUACGAUCUCGGCCUUGAAUAUGCAGAACAUUAUAAUAUGAAUGCUGCAUUGAGAUGUGCAAAAAAGUUUGUUGAUGCUACAGGUGGAUCAAUGGCACGAGGUUGGAGAUUGCUUGCGUUGAUUUUGUCGGCUCAACAACGAUACAGAGAGGCUGAAGUUGUGAUAGAUGCAGCAUUGGAUGAGACUGCAAAGGUGGAGCAAUUGGAGUUGCUAAGAAUAAAAGCAAAGCUACAAGUUGCUCAAUCUUUGCAUAUGGAGGCAGUAGAGACAUACAAAAUACUGCUUGGGGUUAUUCAGUCACAAAGAAAGUCAUCUGGGUCUUCCAAAACUAGUUCUCAGUUUGAGGAUGACAGAUCCAAUGAAUUUGAGAUCUGGCAAGGUCUUGCAAACCUAUACUCUAGACUUUCUCACUGGAAGGAUGCUGAGAUAUGUUUCAAAAAAGCCAGGGAAUUGAAGCCAUAUUCUGCUUCCCCGCUACAAACUGAAGGUUGCAUGCAUGAAGCACUUGGUGAGACCAAUCUAGCGAUGGCUGCCUACAGCAAUGGUCUACAAAUUGAUGGUAACCAUGCAUUAUGCAAGGUGGCAAUUGGUUCUCUUCUAUUAAAAUCGGGCUCAAAAUCAUUAGCUGCAGCAAGAUCAUUCCUUUCUGAUGCUUUGAAACUCGAGCCAACCAAUCGGAUGGCGUGGUAUUACCUCGGUGUGGUUCAUAAGCAUGAUGGUAGAUUGAAUGAUGCUGCGGAUUGUUUCCAGGCGGCUUCAUUGCUAGAACAAUCCGAACCUGUUGAGGGCUUCAGUUCUCUUUCAUAAGCCAAUAAGUUUCCACCGGAACUUUUGCUUCAGUUUUUUUAGAUCAUACAUUAGAUAUUAUCUUUAAUUAUUUAUCAUUGUUAAGAAGCUCAACGCAUUGGGCUCCAUUUAUAUAUCCUUUCAAUUGAGUGCUGUAUAAGAUAUUUAGAUCAUCAUGUUAUAUUUGUAUAUAAUCCAUUCAUACUUGCCCCAAGAUGGCUCUAAUUGCAUGU